GGCCGCCGUUGCCCUGCGCUCAGCGGCGGCAAGAUGGCGGCGCAACUGCAGGAUCGUGAUGGUGGUUCGCAGCUGGCAGGGCCCGCGGCGGAGGCCGACCCCCUGGGCCGCUUCACGUGUCCCGUCUGCCUAGAGGUGUACGAGAAGCCGGUGCAGGUGCCCUGUGGACACGUCUUUUGCUCUGCAUGCCUGCAGGAAUGUCUGAAGCCGAAGAAGCCUGUCUGUGGGGUGUGUCGCAGCACUCUGGCACCUGGCGUCCGAGCCGUGGAGCUCGAGCGGCAGAUUGAGAGCACAGAGACUUCUUGCCAUGGCUGCCGUAAAAAUUUCUUCCUAUCCAAGAUCCGUGCACAUGUGGCCACCUGUUCCAAAUACCAGAAUUACAUCAUGGAAGGUGUGAAGGCCACCACCAAGGAUGUGUCCCUUCAGCCAAGAAAUGUCCCAAACCGUUAUACGUUUCCUUGUCCUUACUGUCCCGAGAAGAAUUUUGAUCAAGAAGGACUUGUAGAACACUGCAAGUUGUUCCAUAGCACGGACACUAAAUCUGUGGUUUGUCCAAUAUGUGCCUCGAUGCCCUGGGGAGACCCUAACUACCGCAGCGCCAACUUCAUAGAGCACAUCCAGCGCCGGCACCAGUUUUCUUACGACACUUUCGUGGAUUACGACGUGGAUGAGGAGGACAUGAUGAACCAGGUGCUGCAGCGCUCCAUCAUCGACCAGUGAGCAGGCUCUGCUGGGGCUCGUGUUCCAGAGCUUCCAUUACGUGUUCAGCGGGAAACGUGUGACUCCUCCACCUAAAUGUACAACAGACCUGGAAGUGAGCCGUGGUAUUAGGACAGGGUCACUUCCGACAGGGAACAGGUCCCCAGAUCAGAGCCCUCCUUUCCUAGGGCUCUUCCCCUACUGUUUACCCUGUUUGUCGCAUGUCUGGUCUUGCUCCUCAGCCACGUCCUGCAGCUUCUCCCUCCUUUUUGGAAGGGAACCCAGCUUCUCCACCUGUCCUUGUUUCACAUUUGAGCCUCGUGUCCGAUGUUGACCUCUCAGGUCCUCUGAGCCAGCCAGGACCUUUUCUGGGUCAUGAAUAGCACAGAUGAGGCAAGCGUCUCCUCUCCUUGUCCCCGGGGUGUGUGAGCUCUGGCAAUAAUGCAUCUGAUCAGUGAUGGAGCUCCUUCUGUGCUGUGCAAGUUCCUGUUAGUUGGUCCUCGGCAGCAGCUGCCAGAAGCUGGAGUUACCUCAUGGGAAACAUUUCACACGUCCUGUUGGGGUGAAUGUUCUGGACUUAACAUGCUCUGGUGCUGGAAGUUUUGCUUAGUGAUAUUUUCCUACCAUUCCUGCACACCCUUAGGAGUAACUGGUUCAAUCUUAAAUGCCUGCAUGGUGCCUUUUUAGGAUAAAGGUGUAACCACAUAUUUUUAGUGAAAGUAAGUGUUUCUGGCUUAGGAAAGUUAAACUCCAUUUAUCCAUAAGUGGGGAGGAGGGUCACCUAAGUGAGGUGGGAGGGCCAUAGCUUUUUGGUUCUGAUUUUCAAACUAAUGAAGUAUUUUCCAAUGACUUGGUUAUGUUUGCUUCUCUGUUGGGGAGCCUGCUUAUGUUCCUGUCCUUGAAGCACAAAAAGGAGUCCUCAAAUGAAUAAGAAGUCUGGGCGCUCCAGUGGAUACUCGUUCUUUUAUUUGGUAAUUUAGAUUAAACUGCGUGUUGCUUUUCUAUCACGAAUGGUUUCCGUAUAAAACUGGUUUCAACACGUAAGUUGGUGUGUGAAGACCUGCCUUCUAAAGCAGAGGGGUUGGGGAGGUCUGGCAUCGCCGCUGCUGUCUCUGACAAGACACGCUGUUCAGAAGGCACAGCACACUUCCUGGGAGCAGUCGGUAAUGGAAACUGGCCACUGGAAACUUGCUUUGCUAAUAGCUCCGGAAGCUUGAAGUUCGACUGUUUCACGAAUAUUAAUAAAUACAAGGCUAAGCGCUGUCUAAUCUGUAGGAGCAGAGCUUCUGAUCCACCAAAAGGCAUCUGGGUUUAGGUUCAUUUUUCCUUGUUAGACCGCUUGUCUGAAUAUGGACAUUGUUUAUGGUCAGUGGCUGAGGUUUCAGAUGACAAGGGGCUCUGGGCCUGUGCACUGCGCUGUGGGCCUCGCGCUGCCUGCCAGCGAGAGCUGCACAUGCCCAGGGCCCAGCAAAGACGGGCCCUUUGGGGGCAAAGUAACUUUUUCUAAUGUGCUGUUGCUUGGGAGGGCCCGGAUGUUAUGGUCAGCUUCUUCACUGUAAUUUCUGGAAGAAGUUCAUCUCAGUCUAAGUUUAGAGGGAAAUUUGACAAAACCUUCAUUUGCGGGACGUGAUGAUGGUGGUCUCACUGGUGAUACCAAGAAACUGAGUUCCUUGUAUUAAGUGCACUUCAUGUAUUUCUAAUAAGACGACUUUCCAGAAAGUGACAUUUGUUAUGUUCUGGCUUUUAAAAGGUGAAAUAUAAAUAAAUUUCAUAAUUUAUCCAACUGGUAA